AUGGCUCAUCGAAAUAUUUCGCGCUUCAUUCCGCGAGACCAAAAGUGGCUCAUAGCAUGUCUCAUCGCAGUGUCAUCGGUGGACUCUGUGCUUGUCGGCUACGACAGCUCGCUCAUGGGUAGCCUCAACGUGAUGCCCUCCUACAGCAGCUACUUUACCCUUACCACCACGACAAAGUCGCUCAAUACAGCCAUCUCGUAUGUUGGCGGUGCCGCCAUUUCACCUCUAGCAGGGUUCCUGGCCGACUGGCGAGGUCGCCGCGAGUGCGUAUUCUGGUCCGCGCUGGUGGCUCUCAUCGGCGGUGUCAUCCAGGGCACUGCUCAGAACAUCGGAAUGUUCAUCGCCGGGCGGUGCAUCGUCGGCGCGGGCAUGGGGCUGGCCCAGACGACGGCGCCGACGCUGGUUGCAGAGACCACCCCCGUCAAAUAUCGAGGCUUCGCUCUCGGCAUGUACUACGCUUGUUGGGGCAUAGGUACACUUAUCGCAGCCGGCGUCUGCUUUGGGACGCAGAAACUCGAUUCAACGUAUGCCUGGCGCAUCCCUAGUCUUUUGCAGGCGGCCCCAAGCGUCGUCUGUUUCCUUAUUUUGUUAUUCGUUCCUGAGUCACCUCGUUGGCUCAUCAGCCAUGACCGACAUGAAGAAGCGUUGGAGGUUCUCAGCAUCGUCAAUGGUGGCGAUGCUGACGAUGUACAGGUCCAGUAUCGCGAGAUUGCGGACACAAUCAGCUUUGAAAAGGAGUACAGCCUGGGCCUGGUGCAAGCGAUCUGCAAGAAAUCCAGCCGGAAGCGUUUGUUGAUUACAACCACGUUCUCCGCCAUUGUCAUGCUCCCGGGAACUAACAUCAUCACGUUUUAUUUUGGCGAGAUGCUCCAAAACGCCGGCAUUCAGAACCCAAACACGCAACUUCAAAUCAACGUCAUCCUCACAUCGUGGAGCUUGGUCAUUGCCGUCAUCUCAGCCUGGUAUACGGAUUUGUUGGGCCGGAGGCAACUUUGUUCCGCUAGUUUGGCCCUGCAGACCGCCUUUAUCUUCAUAUUUGGCGCGUUCACGAAACUCUAUGGAGAAUCGACCAAUACUUCUGGUAUAUAUGCAACCAUUGUCAUCAUCUUCUUGUAUAAUGGCGCAUACAACUGGGGCAUCACGCCGCUUACAGUCCUCUAUCCUCCUGAAAUCUUGUCCUUUGAGAUUAGAGGAGUCGGUAUGGGCAUCUACACCUUUGCCACAAAGUGUUGCGGUCUUUUAGUGACUAUGGCUGUGCCUUUCGGCCUGCAGGCUAUUGGAUGGAAAUUCUACAUGGUGAAUGGAUGUUUCGAUGUUUUAAUGCUUGUAUUUGUGAUUUUGGUGUGGGUGGAAACUCGUGGGCUCAGCCUUGAGGAGGUGGACGAGCUGUUCGACAAGGAGAAGCGUGAGGUGGUUGCCGUGCAAGUCCAUGCAGAGACCAAGGUAGAUAUACAGCACAAGGAGUGUUGA